UAAAAAAAGGAAACAGAUAAGAGUAGGAUGGAUCUAGCAGUUGAAAGGGCUAUAAAGCUAGGAUGCAACUACUGACAAAUUCAAAGGGUGUAAAAUUCAAAGUAUUAAAGUCAAAGUAUUCUUUAUCAUGAAUGCAUUGUGUCUACUAUUAGCAGUGAUCUACUGCUGUACUAAUGUGAUUGGAAUAUGUCAUGAUAAUAAUUCUCCUUUCUACAGUGACUCAAGUGUUACUGCUCCUAUUGAUUGUCCUGUUGCUAAAGAUUGCAAGGCAUGGUUUGAUGCUGGUGCUACUAAUAGUGGUGUAUAUCCUAUCAAACCUGAUGGAGACUCACCUUUUCAAGUUUACUGUGAUAUGGAGACUGAUGGUGGUGGAUGGACUGUAUUUCAGAGGAGACAAGAUGGAUCUGUUGACUUCCUUCGUGGCUGGUCUGAAUAUGAGAAAGGAUUUGGUAACCUAACAGGAGAGCAUUGGCUAGGACUAAGAAGCAUUAAUCGUCUCACUCCUCAAGGAUCAAACUAUUUAAGAGUUGAUCUUGAAGACUUUGAAGGUAGGAAAGCUUACGCAAAAUACAGCAGUUUUGAGAUACUUGAUUCAUACACACAAUAUACUCUUGUCAUUGGAAGCUAUACAGGAAAUGCUGGAGAUUCAUUGAGUUUUAAUAACAUGAUGAAGUUCUCAACUAAAGAUAGAGAUAAUGAUGCUGAUGGUGGUAGUUGUGCAUCACGUCAUCCUGGAGCAUGGUGGUUUAAAAACUGCUACCGUGCACAUCUCAAUGCUCCUUAUUCUCCUAGUAGUUCAGUGAGUACAUGGCAAGGAAUCAUAUGGAAUACUUUCAAAGGCAAUAGUUAUUCCUUAAAGUUUACAGAGAUGAAAGUUAGGCACCAUAACUAACUUUGUGAAGAAGAAAAUUUAACCUUAAUGACUGAGGUCUAACACUACACAUUAUUAGUUGCUGCUUUGUUUCUAAUUUUCUAUUAAAAUUCUAAUAGUGACAAUUAUAAUAGUAA